UUGAGUAAAGGAGGUUGGAAUAAAGUUCUCAUUUUUCCAAAAAACAUUAAUUUUUGUAGUGUCAGUAUGGUUAACUGUACAAAUUAUCUUUUAAAUAUGCCGAGACGCACGUUCCCUGCACUAUUAUUUAUUGGCAUACACAGGACAUUAGUAGCUACUAGAAAGUAGAAGGUAAUAAUAGACAAUCUGCUUGGGAUGAGAGGAAGGCAUCAGAAUGUAGUUAUCUGUCUAAGAUGAUGACCUUGCCUAUAGCAAUGAAGUAAAAAAUUGGGAUUUUCCUAUCUAUGGCCUAUUAACCUUUCCAUGUUGCUAUACACAACUGGGGUAACAAUGAAACCAAAGAUGAUGCUGACCGGAAGACCACUACAGUACUUCGGUGCUUCUUUCGCUCUCUUAAAUAUGUUCGGAAGUGGCUUCCACUUGGCCUGGUCCUCACCCUUUCUACCGUUACUCGAACGUGAUCCUUCAACUCGCAUAACGAAAGAUGAGGGCUCGUGGAUUGCCACCAUAUACUUAAUCGCCGGUCCAUUCGGUGCGAUACUUGCAAGUGUUGUCGUCAAUAGAAUCGGCCGUAAAAUGUCAUUACUUCUAUCGGCACUGCCAUACCUAACAUCGUGGGCUAUAAUCGCAAUCACACAACGUAUCGGCUUUAUCCUUUCGGCCCGGUUCAUCGGAGGAAUGGCCGAAGGUGUCAUCUAUACGGUCCUUCCGGUCUACAUAGGCGAACUGGCGGAUCCCCAGAUAAGGGGUUUCUUAAUUUCGUUAAUGGGUAUCCUAUCGAUGGUCGCUGCAUUGGUUGUUAAUGUUUUGGGGUACUACCUGAACAUAACGCAUUCGUCGAUCAUCUGUGCCAUUCCGCAUAUCCUUUUUCUGUUCUCCUUUCCCUUUCUGCCAGAAACUCCCAACCAUUACAUAGUGAGAGGGGAGCUGGACAAGGCGCGGGACACUCUCGGGCAAGUUCGCGGACGUGCAGUCGACGACGAGGAAAUCAAGGAGCUGGUGAGAAUUAACGGGGAGGGACUGGCGAAGGCGAACGUUCUCGAUCUGUUUAGAAUUGCGAGUAACCGAAAAGGCCUGUUCGUAUUUAUGGGCACAAUGGCGGCACAGCAAUUUUCUGGGAUCGUUCCGAUUAUGUUUUACACGCAGACUAUUUUCGAGGAGGCCGCCAGUGAUUUUCCUGUGAUAGUUUCGACUGUUUUGCUUUACGUCGUCUUAAUUGUAUUUUCGAUCUUAUCUGCUGUGAUUGUGGACCGACUCGGCCGGCGCCCGCUAAUUAUAACAUCCAUUGUUUGCUGCUUUUUGGCUCUGUUAGCGGAAGGGGUGAAUUUGUACAUUAAGCAUAAGAGUGGAGUCGAUGGGGUUGGGUUUUCCUGGGUGACUAUUUGCGAUUUUUCUUUUUUGAUAAUCAGUUACAGUAUAGGUCUACUAGCACUACCCACAGUUUUUGCGGGUGAACUGUUUCCUUUAAACGUAAAAGCAGCAGCGAUUUGCUUCUGCAACAUAUAUUUUGCUGCCAUGGCAACAGGUGUAGCGAAACUGUUUCAAUUUACUAACGACGAGUAUGGCCUCUACGUACCAUUUUUUGUGUUCGCCAUUUGUCUCUUCCUUUCUUUGGUGUAUGUAGUAAUUUUUGUUCCGGAAACCAAAAAUAAAACUCUGGAACAAAUUCAGAUAGAGCUCAAAGCCAUUAAGCCCAAUACUGAGAUUAUUACUAGGUUAUGAUACCAUCUUGCUUAGAUGUUUUUGAGAUUAUCUCAAUGUACUUUUACCACUACGGAUCAGAUCUGUUUUAUUUGUGAUCACUCUGUAUGUAAAAAAUGUGUAUUGUUCAGAGACCAUUUCUUACGUUUUUCAAAUAAACAAAUU